AUUACACAAUUUUGCAAUUUAUGCCUUGAAUUAAACAGCCAGUACCAGUAGUCAGUCCUGCUUCGGAUUUGCAUCACCGGGGGUCUCGGUGGCUACGCGUGCUAGAUAUAUCUUAAAUAAAAGAUACUAAACAUGAGUUCCCGUUUCGAAGUUGUCGAACAGGGGCCACCUAUCGAGGUUUUUCAGAAGAAUAAGUUGUUUAUUGACGACACGUUUCAAAACAAGGUGAACUUGACUAUAGGCGCAUAUAGGGAUGAAAAUGGAAAACCAUGGGUACUCCCUGUUGUACGCAAAGUGGAAAAACAGAUGGCAGCCGACGAGACCCUGUUGCAUGAAUACCUGCCUGUGCUUGGUUUGGACCAAUUCUCCAACGCCUCCGUGUCCAUGCUGCUGGGCGAAGACAACCCUGUGAUUGCCAGUGGACGCGCUUUUGGCGUGCAAGUGUUGUCGGGUACCGGCGGGUUACGCGUGGGCGCCGAGUUCCUGCGCCGCCAUCUCAACUACAACACCUUCUACUACUCGCAGCCUACCUGGGAGAACCACCACCUGGUGUUUGUGCGCUCCGGGUUCGAGAACGCGCGCACAUACCGGUACUGGAACGCGAAGACGCGCACCAUCGACUUCGACGGCAUGCUGGAGGACCUGCGCGCCGCGCCCGAGAACUCGGUCGUGCUGCUGCACGCGUGCGCGCACAACCCCACCGGCAUCGACCCCACGCACGACCAGUGGGAGAAGAUCGCCGACGUCUGCGAGGAGCGCAAGCUGUUCCCGUUCUUCGACAGCGCGUACCAGGGCUUCGCGUCGGGCGACCUGGACCGCGACGCGUGGGCCGUGCGCUACUUCGUGCAGCGCGGCUUCGAGCUCGUCUGCGCGCAGUCCUACGCCAAGAACUUCGGCCUCUAUAACGAGCGCGUGGGCAACCUGGCGGUGGUGGUGGCGGACGCGUCGCUGGCGCCCGCCAUGAAGUCGCAGCUGACGUGGGUGGUGCGCGCCGGCUACUCCAACCCGCCCGCGCACGGCGCGCGCAUCGUCGCCACCGUGCUCAGCGACAAGCAGCUCUUCGACCAGUGGAGGGAACAUAUCAAGACCAUGUCGUCGAGAGUUAUCCAGAUGAGAGAAGCUCUGCGAGCCGAACUCAUCAAGCUGGGCACGCCGGGCACCUGGGACCACAUCGUGAAGCAGAUCGGUCUGUUCUCGUACACGGGGCUGACGCCGCGGCAGGUGCAGCACCUCAUCGAGCACUACCACAUCUACCUGCUCAACUCCGGGCGCAUCAACAUCUGCGGCCUCAACCCCGGCAACGUGCGCUACGUGGCAGACGCCAUCCACGACGCCGUGCUCAACUUCCCCGGCGACGAUGAAGUGUACGCAAAAUUAUAACUGUUUUGCGAAUGCCAUGAAAUCGUCGAGCCAAUCCUGCAGUGACUUCGCUUGCCACAUAAAAGAUAAAAUCAUAAAUAACUAACAACUGGGUACCUACAGUAGUAAAGCCUGACCAGAAAUAUGACUUCGCGCCAUAUUGCGGAAUUUCAUUACAACUAUUUUCUUCAUACUAUUUAUACUGACCUGUCACCGCAUAACAGCGCCUCCUGACAACAGUCAAGUAUUUGUGGUUAGACUUUAAUUUGCAUUUAUAAUGCAAAUUCCUAAUUUGAAUAAACUUCUGCUGCGUGACGUUGAUGUCUAUUAACUUUGGUUGAUGCAACUGGCCUUGAGCCAUGCAAUUCAGAUAAGCAGAAAAUAAAACAUACCACAUUGAAGAA